GAUAUAAGUACUUUGCAAAAGCAAAGCAUCAUUAUGGUUUAUGAUAAAUUAAAAGCAAUAGUGGGGUGAAAAUGAGCCAAACUAAAUAAUAUGAGAUAAGAACGAUAUAAUAAAAUUGAUGCUGCGUUGACAAGUGGUGUGUUCUUAUAUAACAUAUUAACUAUGCAAUUACUCGCUAAACUAGAGCCACCUCUUGUUAUUUGGUAAAAAUGAGCAAAGAAUACGACUUGUAUAGGGAUAGCAAAUUGCGGUAUUUAGGAUACUCCAACGAGGUAGGAGAAGCAUUCCGCCCACUUAUACAUCGCAAUUUGGUGCGUGCAUCCUAUUUACUGGCCACGGCUUAUGUAUGUGCUGAUGCUGUUGAUAAAUCAGUCAAGGAACAUCAACGCGGAAGCAACACUAAACAAAUAGCCGUUGUUACUGGUGAUGUAUUCACAUGGCAAAUGGUCGCCUCUGUCAUCAUUCCCGGCAUCACAAUCAAUAGAAUAACUUGGCUGACUGGCUAUUUGAUCCGUAAAGCGGAAGUUAAAAAAGCUUUUGGAAAGAUAUUACCCACCGCAGUGGGUUUGUGUUCAAUUCCAUUAAUAAUCGGUCCCAUAGAUAAAUUUACCGAUCAUCUCAUGGAUGAUACAUACCGAAAAUGGUUAAGCUAAAAAGUACUGCUUUAGCAAUUAAGCUUUAAAUGUUAUUUACUGCAUAGGUGCAAUGUAUUUACAACCUUUUUAAAAUUUCGUAAUGAAAUCUAUAAGUUAUCAGUUUCUAUUUUAUAAUGUUAUUAAACAAAUGUUGCAAAUAUUGUAGUAAUUAUGUCAGUAUGAAUUAAUACCUAUACACAAGCUA